CUCGUGACAGACUACAUCCGGGUCACAGAUGCACGGCGUCUGGGGUGAUCCAAGGGUGAAGUUGUGUUUCUUUGGGCCUCGCUGAACAUGACAGCCCGAGGGUCCCCGAGCCGCUUCCUGCAGAGUGUCCUGCAAAACGGUGUCGGGAGGUAUGUGUGUCAGCUCAAGAGGGUCUCCCUGAUCUUCAGCAAGGACGCCCAGCCCUCCCGGGGAGCCAGGGAAUUUAUUGAAGAAAAAGUGGUGGAUUUUGCCAAGCAGAACCCCGGCGUGGUGCUUUACGUCAGUCCCAAGCAAUGCAGGGUCCCGAAAUUGGUGGCAGAAUACCUGAAUGGGACCGUUAGAGAAGAAGCCAUUAACAGCAAAUCCGCAGAAGAAAUUACUCAGCUUAUACAGAAGAUGGCCAAUCAGUCGGGACUGGACAUCAUCCGCAUCCGCAAACCUUACCAUACGGAUAACCCGAGCAUUCAGGGGCAGUGGCACCCGUUCACCAAUAAGCCAACAUCCAUCACUAUACAAGACUUUGGCUCAAAGACUGCACCAUAAGCCAAGUUGGCCAGACAUCUGCUCCAAGCUCGGGUACUUGGACCUUGUUGGUCUUUUUCGAUUACGGAUCCGGAUCGAUCUGCUGAAGUGUUCUGUACCGGCGUCCGGUCUCCCUGGGGAUAAAGCUACGGAACGUUUAUGAAUAAACCUUUUCUGUUAAAUAAA